AUGUGGUCAUGGGAACAUUAUCGCGCCUAUCGCUCAGAAUUCGCGGAGCUGGAUUUCGAAGGAGAGAGGAUCGUGACCGCCGAGGAUGGUAGUGAUCAGAUUGUUACUUAUCCCAUCUCUUAUCCUCGGACUGCUCUCUACGAGAAGAUUACAGCCAAGCCGUCAGUCCGCUUAGCUCCUUUGCUGGAUAAUCUUGAGGAGUUCACAUUUUUUCCUUACGAUGAUGGUGAAAGUGGGGAGAUUUCUCAUAGGUUUUCUUCCUUGUUUCCAGAGGAUUUCGUGGAUACUCAGCUGGAUUCCCCUUCUUAUGAGGUUUAUUUCGUCGUUGCGGUUACUCCAGGGUACCUACCUGGCUAUUACAAGGGCGAGUUUUACGCGGAAGCUUACAAUCUUAACCGCAUGGCUCGACAGGCUGGGUUUGAUCAGGGCACAGGUUCUUUCCUCGUCCCUGCUUGUAGUGCUGAUCUUGGCGUGAUAGAGGAGAGUUUUAUGCGUUCUGUUUUUAAGAACGGUAGUCCGCGUUUCUGUCGUCCUCCUCUCAAUCCCUUAAAAGCUCCGCAAGUUGGUCGUGAAUUGAAAGUCACUCAUCAAUGGUGUCUAUAUUGGCUCAAAGAGAUGAAGAAUAUCCAUGGUGCCUUGCUGGCAGCACCUAUGGAGGUUCCUUCUACAGCUCUAUCAGAUUUGCAUCCCCUUGGGCGCUUCAAGCUUCCUCAGGCCGUCAUGCGCCUUCAUAACCUUGGUUUUAGUGCCAAAGGUAAACGCUUAGACGCACCCCUUUCUCGUAGUAAAUUUCGAUCUAAACCAUCUGCAGUGUCAAAAGUUCAAGCGGUUGUUCGUGACUUGAGUGAAUCUCUACCGCCGGAACCUCAGAGGUUCGCUGAUAGGCAGAAAUGCCAUGACUCGGGAGUGGUCCCAAUUCCUCGUUUUCUGAAGUCUCCGCCUCGUCAAUCUUCCUCAGAUAAAGGGGUGGAUUUCCUUAGAGGACGCUCUUUCAGGCGCCAUGCGUUCCAGCCAGAGGGGAGCGGUGCCUCAAGUCUGCUUCUACGCCCGACCGCCUCGGAGGUGUCUUUAGUACCUCCUGGGCGUUCAUCUCGGCUCUUACUGGGUCAAUUGACUGCUCAAGCAUCUGGUUCACCAGGUGGUCACAACGCUUCUAGUGCUAGUUAUUCUUCUUCUGUUCUCGCUCAUGUGUCGCAGAACGUUAUUGACUGUCAGUCUUCAGCGGUUAUUCAAGUCGGAAGCAUGCCAAAGCAUGGUCGCAAUGAAGGUAGGGAAAGUACCGAGAAAUCGAAGAAAAGUAGGACUCUACCGCGUCCCCAGAACGACGCACUCCAGCCAAUCACGCGGGAGGUUUCGUUAGCGGAGGGUGGUUCAGACGCUCCUCUCACUUUUCUUAUCGAGGGCAGGCCUAUUGAGCGGUCUUUUAUUCACCACGGGGAGGAGUAUGUUUCAUUGCACGGCUUUUGGGUCCCUCCUCACCUCGAGGCUUUGUAUACUCAGAUCGUGUUUGAGCAUGGUCACAUUGGCUCUGGCGUUGUUCUUCCUGAAGCCAAUGUCGUUACCUCUCUUACCCUGACUGUUUUGGACGUGGUGAACGAGAUGGCGGACGCUGGGGAUCACCCAUCUUCUACUCAACUUCAAGCUUGGCGUAGGGUGAUCGAUAAUGCAACAAAGAUGAAGUUUAAUGUUGCAUGGCUGGACGAUCUCUCGCAGGAGUUGGAUGUCAAGGCGAAUUCUCGUCGUCCUCAGCUGCCUAGCAUUAUUGAGGGUCACAGGAAGCGUAUCAUUGAUAUCGCCGCUUUCGUGGCUGAGUUCAAGGCCACUCAAUAUCGCUUAAUCCAGGAAUCGGUUGAUCCAGCUGAAGCUAUGCUUGAGGAAGAAAAGCGCCUCUUAGGUGAAGUUGAAGUAGAUCUUGGGAAUAAAGAUGUUUGAGCGUUCUCUCUAUUUUUUUGUUGUUGAGUGUUCGUAGUUGGAUAGACUUCUGGCGCGUACUCAUUUAUUUGCUUUCUCUCUCUCUCUCCCCUCCUCCUCUUUUUAUUUUUUAUUUUGUUUGGUUUGUAUUAAUGACAUCUCGAACAACACACCCCUUUUUCUAUA